AUGGCGGCAGAACUUCAGUUUGAUGUGGCGGAGAAGAUAUUCAUAGGAUUUGAUGUGAAAGAACUAAUGCGGUUCAAGUGCGUGUAUGAUUACAUGGUUAUAGUAGGGUUCAUGAAAGAUAAUGGACCGGCACGUUUUCUUGUAUUAACAUUGCAAACAUAUACAUGGAAAUAUAUCGGGCUGGUGAACUAUAGGAACAUUGGUAGACAGUCUGCUAUCUUAUGUAACGGGGCACUUCACUGGUUUAUGAAGACUACUAAUCGUGAAAAAAAUGAGAAUGUUAUUCUCUCUUUUGAUUUAUCUCUAAAUGAAUAUAAGGAAAUCCCCCUACCGGAUGAUCAUGAUAAUAAUAAAUCUGAUAGAGAUCACAAAUCACUCGGAAUUAUCAACGAAUGCUUAUGCAUAUGUGAUGAUCAAAAACCUUACCAUAUGUGGGUGAUGAAAAACUACAAUGUUAAAGAGUCUUGGGAUCUAAGAGAUUUGUAUCAGUAUGGAGAUUAUUGUGCUACGAAGUCUGAUAUUGUACACCAUGUAGAAUUAGUAGCUGGGGGUAUUAUUUCUUACAAGAUCAUUAGAAGCUCGUUGUCGGCGUACUGUGUUAGUGACCCUAUAUUUGUGCAAAGCCUUGCAUCUCCCCAUCUUUAUAAUAACGGGCGACCCAAGAAGGCCUCAAAGGUUUCUAAGAAUAACAAGAAGGGUGUUUAA